ACAGUCGACGACACCUCGCCCUUCAUCUCCUACGCGCCUCCCAACGCCUGGAACCACCACUCAGGCGCAGACGCACAGGGAUACGUAAACUCGACAUGCAGCAGAACCAACGUCCAGGGUGCCGUCGCCGAGUUUUCGUUCUCUGGCACCGGCUUCUGGAUAUACGGCGCGAAGAAGGUCGACUACGGCAACUACAUCCUCCUCCUCGACAAUGAGGUCAUCACGUACGACAACGCCACCCUCUCGUCCGACGAGUUCAACCAGUUCCUCGGCGGCCAAAACGGACUCGAGGACACCCAGCACCUCGUGACCAUGAUGGCGGACGGGACGAUGGACAUUGACACGGUCAUGCUUGAGCUUACUGGGCAAGAUAAGCAA